GCAUGCGGGUCGUGAUGACGGUCUUGCGAGAAGGGAGAAGAAAAAACAAGCGUUUCUCGCUGAGGCCGGACAUUCAUCGUUCGACGCUGUCCUGGGCUAUAUAUAGAGCGGCGAAGCAUCUCAAACUAUCUCAUCCUCCGACACAUCUCCUCUUUCCUGCUUCGAUCGCCCACACUCUGACCGCAACAGCCACAGCAGAGCAUCAAGACGAUGGCUUCCUCGGUCAAGACGGCACAAUUUGGACAGCUUGUCCACUUCCUGUCCAGGGGCAAGAUUUUCCCAUACCCCGAGGAGCAGCCCGAUUUCGUCCUUCCAGAAAAAUAUGGCGGGCCUUCGACGAGCGCAACGUCCAUCAGUGGCGCGACGAUGAACGAAAAGGAGGAGCUUGCAAAGAAGGUUGAUACUGAGCCGCAGGAGCAAUUGCAAGAGGACGGGCAAAGAAAAGGGCUUCAGGACGCGCACGACAUUGAGCGACAGCCAUCGGCACCGCACUCGAUCCUUCCCGGUGGCGACGCACUGACGCGCGCCAUCAGCAGCAACCGCUCCAUCAGGAUCCCCGAGGCUGAGAACAAGGACAAGGACAUCAUUCUCGUCGACUGGUACAGCGACACCGACCCUGAAAACCCGCAAAACUGGUCAUUCAGCAAAAAGGUCUUGGUGACCCUUUUGAUUUCACAGAUGACCUUUGGUGUCUAUGCUGGCUCGGCAAUCUAUACACCAUCGAUCGAAGGUGUUAUGGAAGAGUUUCAUGUCGGUCUCACAAAAGGUGUCCUCGGUCUCUCGCUCUUCGUCUUCGGCUACGGAAUCGGACCCCUCUUCCUGUCGCCUCUCUCCGAGGUUCCCAUCAUCGGGCGCAACUGGACUUACAUUCCCUCGAUGAUGGUCUUCGUCCUCUUCAACAUUGGCGCUGCCGACGCACCAAAUUACAGCACCCUCAUGGCAUUCAGGUUCCUCACUGGCUUCUUCGGUUCGCCCGCGUUGGCCACCGGCGGCGCCAGCCUGGGCGACAUCUGGUCGCAAAUCAAACUGCCUUUCCCCAUCGCUAUCUGGGCCGUCGGCGCUGUCUGCGGUCCCGUCCUCGGCCCCGUCAUUGGCGGCUUUAGCGCCAUGAACCUCAACUGGCGCUGGCCUCUGUGGCUUCUCGUCAUCGCAUCUGGACUCAGCACUGCACUCAUCUUCCUUUUGCUGCCCGAGACGUACGCGCCCAACAUCCUGCUGCACCGAGCAAGGCGCCUUCGCAAGCUCACAGGCAACGACAAGAUCCGCAGCCAGGGCGAGCUGGACCAGGCGGCGCUUACCGCAACUCAGCUUCUCGAAGAGGCCCUGGCUCGACCAUUCAUCCUCUCGUUUGAGCCAGUCGUCUUCUACACGAGCUUGUAUCUCGGUAUCGCCUACGCCUGCUUCUACCUCUUCUUCGAGUCCUUCCCGAUCGUCUACAUUCAGUUCUACCACUUCAACCUGGGCGAAUCGGGCCUUCCCUAUCUCGGUCUGGCUGUGACGGGUGUCUUGACAUUGAUCUUCUACCUCUGGUACCUCGAGAAGGUCUUCAACCCGCGCUUCCUCGCCAAGGCUUCGAAGGGCAUCAUCGUUCCCGAAGACCGUCUCGCCAUCGCCCUGUUCGCCUCGGUCUUCGUUCCUGUCUCGAUGUUUGGCUUCGGCUGGCUCGCGCGGCCUUCGAUCCACUGGAUCGCACCGACGAUCUUCGCCUCGCUGCUCCUGCCCGGCGUUUUCUUGCUCUUCCAGAGCAUCCUCGUCUACCUCCCGAUGUCCUAUCCAGAACACGCCGCCUCAGUCCUGGCCGCAAACGACAUGAUCCGAUCGCUCAUCGCAGGCGCCUUCCCCCUGUUUGGUCAUGCGCUCUUCACCAACCUCGGAAAUGAGAGCGUGGGCAAAGGCUGCAGUGUCGUCGGUGGCAUCUUUAUUGCCCUCAUUGCGCCGCUCUGGGCCCUCAAGCGAUACGGACACCAUCUCCGCAGGUGGUCCAAGUACGCCCACGUCUACUAGAUUACAGUCCAUCCCCCUCGCUCUACCCUGCCAUCUCCAUAGACGCACCCUCCUACAACAAAUACUCAUCUCCAAGAUUCCCUCGUCAACGCUGUAUACUUCCCCCCUCUUGCUAUUGUUUAAUCCUGAUAGAUCCC